AUGGACGGCGUGCCGACAAGCCCUGUUGUCCAAGAAGCCGUGCGCGAUAACGUGGCCACGUUUCAAGCUCUGUCUCGCACAAGAUUUGAGCAAGUCCAAAAAGUCAUAAAAUUCAUCCAGACGGACCCGUGCAACAAAGAUUUAUCUGAAAAAUUGGGGUAUGUCUAUGCGUUUGCUAUACAAGAAGGAGAGGAUUGUUACGUCAAAGUGGGGUACUCUACGGACGAAGGACAGCGAGCUUUAGCAGCUCGCAAAUGUGUGCAUGAUUACAGCGAGCUCUACAACACGAACAAGUUCAAAUGGUCAUUCAAAUGCGAACAAAUCGUCCAUCGCAUCCAUGCCGAGUCUUGUCACCCUAGACGAAACUGCGAAUGCAGUGCAAAUGUGGAAGCCCACUGGGAAUGGUUCAAGCUAGACGUUUCAUCGAUCGUAUCAACGAUCAGCCUUGUCAGAAAUUGGAUGUCACGAGAUCCGUACGAAGUCUAUACGAAGAUGAUAACUAAAAACAAUAGUCCGCAGAAGGAGGAGCGCUCAGCUCGACUUAAGGCUGAAUGGGUGGCCGCAUUGGACAUCUUUCAAAAGAGCCAGAAGACUUCACAACCCAUGGAUUGGGCCGAAUUCUUCGGCGCUGGCGUGCAGACACGAUCGAACCCUAAGACACUACAGCAAAGCCCGGGCAUUCUCAAGUCGUCUUGGUCGAGUCCUCCUCCUAUUAUCCAACUCACCAUUAACAAUACACCCCCAAAACAUAGAUAUAUUUCAAGAAGCGGAAAUUCAUUGGCAAGACGAUUACUAUUGAAAUCAUCUACGAGUUCACCUUCAACCCCCCAGCCAUCCACUAAGUUCAAAUCUGAGAGGCAACACUCCUCCACUCCUCGAAUGAAGUCUGAUGGACCAAAGACCGCGCCUCCAACAGCUCUGACAACACGCUCACAGCAGGAAUCCAACAGUUCAACCCCAUCGAGGACUCCCCGACACCUCGACACUGAAUCUUCCCCGUUUUCAUUAGACACGCCCACCAAGUCAACGAACCUCCGGAGAUUUAGUGGUCUAAGGGGGAAAAAUAAGAAAAGCCUCUAUGAUUUGGGGGCUAAUCACCACACCAAGCCACUAGAAGACGACGUCGAGGCUGAUACUCUUACUGAUCCCGGAGAGACGUCUACGACUGACAGUGUCAUAUCCGAUGAGGAGGAUGCCUUACAGGGCAAACCAGAAUCUGAAUCUCAAGAAGAGGAUCAUUUCACAAAUACUACGAGUACACGAUCCUCGUGGACGACAGAUGAAGACUCCGGACCCAUCCAAGGCGAAGAGAACGGCAUCGUAUCCCCAUCCAGUGUAGCAACACCAAGGGACGAACUCACAAGUGUUGUGAGCAGCCUAAGCAUCAACGACGACAUUCUUCCAUCAGAAGCGGCAUCAGAACCAAGACCGAGAAGAUCACCCAGACUAGCUGCCUUUCGUGCGCGGAAGAGCAUCGAAGAGAUCACAGAAUCCGAGCACUCUUCUGCUCUACCUCUACCAAACACCGUUCCUCGAACAAGUCGCAGGGGUCAUAACCGUCGUGCAAGCGUUGAACCCUCGAAAGGAGACCCCGAUGAACUCUGCGCCAGCAGAUCACAGCACCCAUCUUCGAGCCCCUUCACCGAUCGGCCUCGAGGCAAAACAAAUACAAAACCUGCUACAAGUCCAAACCUCAACUUCCUUCAACCGCCCUCGUCUCGGCAUCAACGUCGGGCUUCAGCCCCCGUCAAGAUCAAUGUAACAGAACCGCCUGAUGAAGCUGGUUCUAAUCAGUCACCGUAG